AUGACCAACAUGAAGGAAUACGAGGAAAUAAUUGAAAACUGGAGAAAUGAAUACAUUUCGAAUCGCAAUUCGAAGAAAGGAUGGGAGAUUCUAGAGAAUCUUGCAAAGUUACAGAUGGAGUCGGAUCAAGGAAUGGAAACUGAUGAUGACACUGAGACUGCCGAUUUUGAUGAUUUUAGUACGAGCAAGUUGAUUAGCCUGAUAAUCGGUGACAUUCCUGCGAAAGAUCUUCUUGUGGACCAUCAGGUUGUUCUACUCGAAUUUAUUCCAACAUCUCAUCCAAAUGUGCUCCGCCAUGUUGUUCGAACUAUUCGUGAGAAGGAAGGAUCAAUCGCUUUUCUGAAGUCUUCUUCACUCGCUGUUGGGAUAGCGAUUGCCCGACGAGUAACAGAUAAUGUGGCUGGAGAAGAAAUUAGACGUGUUUUAGCUCAUCUUGUUGAAAAUUCUUAUAUCUGUGACGAUCUCAAAUCGCAGCUGAAUGAUUUGAACGGACGGAACUGCUCUGCCAGCAGAAGCCGUAUCUACUCGAUUGCGACCGAACGUGCUCGCAUUUCAUCUGAUUCGUCCUGUAUUCAUUGGCUAUACGAAGAAAUUCUGAAAAGUGUUCUAGACGCUAGUGAUGUUCUUGCUCAACUCGAUGCUCUCGACAUUUUUGUGGACAUUGCACUGAAUGGAAAGCAAAACGCAGAGACACUUUUCAAAUUGAAUAUUGUCAAACAGAUUUAUGAUUUGAUGGAACAUUCGAAAGAAUCUCCUGACAGCGGUGAAAUUUAUUUGUAUGGGACUCGAUUUCUUUGCUACAUGGCAAGAUCAUAUCCACAAGUUCUCAAGUCAUUCCCAGAUUUUGUUCGUCGUCUAUUGCUUGAGAUCAGAAUGUUCGAUCAAUUGAGUGUAACUGGACGCCUUGGAGCAUUCGAUCAUUUUGCAAGUUUGUGUUUCUCCAUGGAAGCCAAACAAACUCUUGAAGAGAUGUUCAAAGCAAAUGACAAGUUGGCGGGAUCUUGGUAUGAGAGACUCGGAGGAAAAGCUCUCACACACAUUUCCGUGGCAACCAUCAGAAAGCCGUUCCCAGAGUUGAAAAGUUGUGUAUAUGACUUCUGGCAACAACUCUUCGAAUACCCAACAGUUGUACAGCAGUUCAUAAUGUUCCAGGGAUUUGCUGACUGGGCAUUGGAUGAGAAAUCGGAGAAUGGACCAGAACACGAGCUUCGCAAGCGUCAAAUUAUUCAUCGCAUCAUCAAACUGUCAGAGAAUAAUGCAACCGCUGAAGUUAUCAACGCUGAUCCCGUGUUUCUUGAUCGUCUUAAAAAAUAUCUCCAACCGGCUGCCGCGCCUGCUCCGCGUGUCGAGGAAAUGGCACUCUGA